AUGAUCAUCGAUGAAAAGUCCAUGUCCCAGCAACCUCCCCCCUAUGUCCCAGGGGACAGGCCCACUGUUCGUACUACCAUACGCCCGGCCAUCCCUCCGCCACUCCCGCAACACCGACUUGGGCUGGGAAAGCCGUCGCUUGAUGCAUUACCCUCGCAUAUCCUGCUGCAGAUCGUGUACAUGUCGUUCCCGCAGACGCCUGGCGUCGACCAGGGGCGUUUAGAGAGACAAAGGAAGACGCUAUACUGGCUGUCGAUGUGUCUCAGGCUGGUGAACCGCUCUUUGUACAUUGCGUGCAUGCAUGUCCUACGAUCGACAUACCUGCCGGCGUACGAAACGCUGAUCAAACCCCCAUAUUCCUCCGACCCGUUCCCACUGCCUUCCCCGACAUCACAGGCACCUUCGUACUCUUCUUCCUUCUCCCAACCCGAAUCCAUCCAUACCCUCCAGCGUGAAACAGCCGUUCUCGACCUAUUCAUAGCGGUCAAAGUCCGAGAAGACGUAUGGAUGGACGAUUCGGAGCUUCACUUGGAAAGAGAGGAGUCGUUCAAAGAUAUCUUUGAUCUCAAUCAACCCCGAAGCCGGCUUGAGGAUCUGGUGAGGGUGUAUGGGCUUAGGGAGGGCGUGAUCUCCGUUCCGUCGACGGCGUCGGCUUCGACAUCGCCGACGAUUGCUACCCCCACGAGAGCAUCAGGAUUCCCUACGUCGAGGGGAUCUAAGUAUGCAUCAUCGAAGCAACUCCCUAAGAUCCCAUUCAGCUCGCUGUCAGUCUCGUUCUCUCCCAGGAAAGUCGGCUUGGUCAUCAGCACUGCCAGCCGUUCCAGGCGAACGAUUGUGGAGGUACCCCGGAGUCGGGAUGAGAAACUCGAAAUCGCGGCCAAAAGAUUGGUGAAGGAGCUAGUCGUGUGGCUUGAAGCCGGAGGUCGCUGA